AUGCCGGACAAAAUAAAUAACCAGGAAAUCGAAAAUGCCGCGGGUGUCGGCAUCCAUGAUGAAGCGCCCGACAAGAACCUCACGAACUACAACUUGGUCGAUAGGGAGGUUGCCAAGUACGCCACCGAUGGAGCUAUCGAGAUUGACGAAGCCACAAAUAAGCGCCUGAAGAAAAUGAUCGAUAAGCGGAUUUUAGUGGUGAUGAUGAUUACAUACCUGAUCCAAACGAUCGAUAAGGGGGCACUCGCCUUUGCGUCGAUUAUGGGAAUCAAAGAAGACGCACAUUUACAGGGGAAUCAGUAUCAAUGGUUGACGACCAUCGUCUACCUGGCGAUCCUCUGUGUCGAGUUUCCGGAAAACUGGAUCAUCCAGCGGGUACCAAUUGCCAAAUGGCUGUCCUUGAAUAUUUUCUUGUGGGGUAUAUGUAUCGCGUUGAUCUCAGCCAUGCGGAGUUUCACUGGCCUAAUCAUCUUGCGUGCUUUCAUGGGUGCCUUUGAAGCAGCAUGCCAGCCAACAUUUGUGAUUUUAAGUUCCACAUGGUACAAGCGUGAAGAGCAAGGUAGCGUCAUUAACCUCUGGUUCAUGAUGAACGGAAUCCAGAACAUCAUUGGUGGUCUUUUAGCCUUUGCAUUUUCCUUUGUCCCCUCGAACUCGCCAGUGAAGUCAUGGGAGGGUCUUUUUAUGACUUAUGGAAUUAUUACAGUUAUUUGGGCGACUUUUGUCUUUUUCUGGAUGCCCGAUUCCCCCAUGCGCGCCAAAUGUUGGUCGGAAGAGGAUAAACAAUUGAUGGUUGAGCGAGUACGACAGAAUCAGACCGGUCUCCAGAACCUUUAUGCUUUCGCUGUUAUUCAAAUGGUCACUGCCAUGCCCAGUGGGGGCAUUGGAGCCUACGUCAAUAUUAUCAUCAACUCGUUCGGAUUUAGUACCUGGGAGAGCCAGCUUCUGACUAUGGUCGUCGGUGCUGUUGUCGCAAUUGCCAUGAUUACAUCGGCAUAUCUUGAUCGCCGCUUCGGAAACACGAUCAUCAUCAUGAUAUUCUCUGUGAUACCGUCGAUUAUUGGUGUGUCCAUUCUGAUCGGGGUUCCAUUUUCACCUGAUAAACGAGUUGGCAUGCUCAUCGCAUACUGGCUCUUCUACUCGUUCUUUGCUGUAUCCUCCCUUUCUUUGGCCCUUCUUUCUCGAAAUGUGGCCGGUCAGACCAAGAAGUCUUUCGUCUUCCGUGACAAAGAUGCCCCGCGGUAUUACCUUGCGUUCUCUAUUCUCCUAGGAUGCUUUGGAGUUAUGAUAAUCACCCUAUGCCUAUUGCGAGUCUGGUACUCUAUGCAGAAUCGGAAGCGCGAUGCUAAGAUUGCCUCUGGGGAGGUGGUUCCCGACAUUACCUUUACGCAUGGAUUUGAGGAUAUCACCGAUCGGGAAAACCCGCACUUCAGAUACUCUUACUAA